CUUUUCCACAUCAUUUAAAUGAACAGUUGGAAAGACAAUCAAGAGACCAAAGCGUAUUUUAUAUAGCCCAAUAUCACAUGUAUUCCCACCAUGUGAUCAUUGUUGUCAGACUUGUGUCCUUUUCUGAGGACUUCAGUUGAAGUUUGGGACAGCAUCAUGUCGGGGGCUCAGACGACUGCUUUUUGCCGGGCGGCGUUUUAGUUGGCAGCAAACGGGAAGUCAGAGGGCCACGUGUGCACGAGGGCAUCCCAAAGGUGACCUUCAGACCUUUGCAGUGAGAUUAAAACGUGAACACUGAGAAGCCGGAUUGUAUCAACAUCGGUGUGAGAUGCAUCAACACACACACACACACACACACACAGUGUGUUUUAUAUUCCCCCACUCCCGUUUAUAUGGCUCGGCUACCUCGUCACAUCUGAGUCCGACAUCGCCGUUGAUUGGUGUCCUUUUACCCUGCUGGCCUUUUGCUAGGAUGAAAUCCAAUAUCCAGACUCACACUUUCAUUUCUUUUAACCGCUGCAGCUGAGCCAAAGAACCCUGAUCAAUUAUUCUGCUCUCCUUUUUUUCUCAAGGGCUGCUGCUGCCUUUAGGUUCUCGUGGUAAAGUCCAGUUCCACAUGAAUGAAGGCAUUCAAAGGGAACAGAAGCAGUGAAGUACUCUACUUGACCACGGGGUGGCGGUCGAGCUCCAUUUGAUCGGCGACAACAACAAAAAAGCAACAGAAGAAGAAACACAACCCGGAAGUUUGCCCCGCACAGUGCUGACGGCUCCUUUUAUCCCUUCACAGAGCGAAGAGCAUCUCUUCUUUCCUUUUCACAUUUAAAUAUAUAUAUAUAAUAUAAAACAUUUUUGUAUUAGUUUUUUGUCCCGGCGGGCUCGCUUCCGGUGGACAACAAAAAGAACCGGCGGGGACGGGAGUGAUGGAGGCGGCGCGGUUCGGCUCGUCGUGCCCGCGGAGCCUCUGAUGCGCCAUGAUCCCGGUGCCGCUGCUGGUGUGCGUGAUGGGAGCGUGGUGCGCGCUCUACCUCGCGGACACGCUCCUCAAGUUGUCGUCGACUCACCGGAUCCGGUACGAGUCGUGGCUGUCGAGCCGCGGCCUGAUGCUGUCUCCCUUCCACGUGAGGUGGCAGACCACCAUGUUCAACCGGCUGUUUGCCUACUGCGCCCGCAUCAACCCGCGGGCCCAGUACCUGUGGUUCAACAGCGGCCUGGUGUUCGGCCUGGUGUCCAUGGUGGGCUCGGUGGUGCUGCUCGCCAAGACGCUGCAGCAGACGCUCGCGCAGAUGACCGCGGACAACCCGCGGGUCGGAGGUCAGCAGAUGCUGCAGGUGGUGAUCCCCGGGGUCAACCUGCCCACCAGCCAGCUGGCCUACUUCUUCACCGCACUGCUGCUCAGCGGAGUGAUACACGAGCUGGGCCACGCCGUGGCAGCACUGAGGGAGCAGGUCCGAGUCAACGGCUUCGGCAUCUUUGUGUUCGUGGUGUACCCCGGUGCCUUCGUGGACCUCUUCACCACGCACCUCAGCGUCAUAUCGCCGACUCAGCAGCUCCGCAUCUUCUGUGCCGGAGUGUGGCACAACUUUGUCCUGUGCGUGGCGGCGUUGGCCUUCCUCUUCCUGUUGCCCUUCUUGCUGCUUCCCGCUUACUCCACCGGCGGCGGGGCGCUGGUCACCGAGGUCGUCCAGGGCUCCGCGGCCGACGGCCCCCGCGGCCUCUCGGUGGGCGACAUCGUCACCGGGCUGGAGGACUGCCCCGUGGCGGGCGUGGAGGACUGGAGCCGCUGCCUGUCUCGCCUCGCUCGCGCCCCGCAGACGGGGUACUGCGUCCCCGGCGCCAGCCUGCAGCCCAGCUGGGCCCACGGUCGGGCUUUCAAGCGUCUGGAUGGGACGAUGGACUGCUGCAGCAACAACAGCCUGACCGACCUCUGCUUCUCCUACAUGAAGCUUCAGGGCAAGAGCAGCAGAGAGAGAGAGUACGCCUGCAUGCCGGUGCGUAAGAUGGUGUCGGGCACGCAGGUGUGUCGCGCCGACGGCGACUGCGCCGGCGAGCCGGCCCGCGCCGACGGCCACGGCCACGCCGUCUGCGUCACGCCGUCCCUGGAGAACCAGACGCGCUUCAUCCGCGUCACGCACCCGCCCAACACACACAUGCUGUUCGUGGGCUACCCGCCGCACCUCCAGUACGCCGUGAGUCUCACCAACUUCCUCCCCCGCUUCGGGUUCCUCCACCUGGACCUGCCCGUCUUCCUGGAAACCUUCUGCAAGUACGUGGUGUCCCUCUCCGGCGCGCUGGCCGUGGUGAACUCGGUGCCGUGCUUCGCCCUCGACGGCCAGUGGAUGCUGAACGCGCUGCUGGAGGCCACGCUGGUCACCGUGGUGACGGACCGCCAGAAGCGCGAGCUCAUCGGCUUCUUCCUGCUGCUGGCGGGCAGCGCGCUGCUGGCGGCCAACGUGGCGCUGGGCCUGUGGAUGGUCACGGCGCGGUGAAAGAAUCCCCCCCCCUCCCCGUCUCUCGGGGCGCACUUGAUACACGUGCCGACCAAUCGACACUGUGAACGCCGGAUUGCGUCACCCAGGGCGCCGUUUACCGGACGGUUAGCGCCGACCACCUUCUUCCACCUCGAUGCUGCCAUAUUUACUCAGAAAGCACACGCACAUAAAAAAAAUUGUAAAAAAAUAACGCACCUACCGCAGAGCACUGUUUACAAAGGCGCCACCUUUUCAAAUGUUAACGUCUGUCACGCGUUUCAAGUUUUAUGAAACUUUUUGGUUUUUUUGUUUUGUUUUGAGGGUCGUUUAAAAAAAAAAAAAAGCCAUAUUUCCCGUUUGUCUCGGGCCUCAAUGAGCUGCAGAGACGUGCUCGUCAUGUGCGUCUUCUAAAUGUGUCCUCCUCCUCCGAUUGGUCGGAAACAUUUUGUCGCAUCACACAGAUGUUUAGAAGCGUCUUCCUCUUCCUCGGACGGCGUGUUGAGGAAGAGGAAGUGUGUAACGUUUAUCUUUUCCCUCCGCUCACCGUCUGCUCUCCGGUUGUGUGUCACUUGUGAAAUAAAAGACUUUAAUUUAA